UAAAUAUGAAGCAGCGCUACCUUUGUCGUCCUCCGUCGGUAUGUAUUUUCGGCUAAGAUUACAGCCCACCGGGAGACCUAUUAUAGAUGGGGAUUUCUUGGCUAAAAACAUACUCAAAACAGGUCAUUAGAACUGCGUACAAAACGGCUUAUUUCUGAGUAGGCGCGCGUAAACAGCAUCAUAAUCAAAGCAGAAAUCGAAAAGGAGGAUUUUUGUUGACGUUUAACUACUUUCAUAAAGAAUUUUAUCGAAAUUCUGCGACCAUCAGUUUUUUCCCCCGAUUCUUGAAAUAUUUACGCACAUACUAUUGGAUUCUUUAAUGAUUGAGUUGUGGAAGAUAAGAAAAGCUUUCCUGUUUGACAUAAAACAUCCUUGUUUCUUGGCCAAGGUGUUUUAAAAGGCAGUACACGUGACGUAGUUGUGCAACAGCUAAGUUGGUCGUAAACAGCCCCUGUUGUGACGCAUUGAAAAAACACUCGAUUACGACCGGAAGUGCCAAAGAAAGUUUAUUUCUUUAGUCAUGGCAUUUCGCCAAACAACUAUGCUUAUUAUGUUGUCUUUGUUCGGUCAUCAGAGCACGACAAUGUUUUGUAUUGGGUAAGGCACAAGAAAGGUCUCGUAGGCCAAUGUUGAGGCGGUUUUUCAAUUUCUGCUUUGAGAUAAUAUGCCUGCUCGAGCGAUUCUCGAACACGUUAUCUAAUUUAGGAUGCCCAAUCCAACUUCCUUUGAUCGAUCGACCUCACACCUCGGGAAAAAUACGAAGAAAAAAGAGACCAAGCUCAUAUGACCGUUCGCCACACUUAAUGCCUUUUUGCAUGUCUUUUUGUUGUUGUUUGGAUCUCCUUCGACCCAAGACCUUGGUAAAGGCAAGACUGUUUACAACUUCUCCUUAUUCCAAAUUGAGCAUGCACAGAACAAUGUGUAAGUCAACGAGCUAUUUAAAACUGCGUCAAUGAAGCAUUUUGAUUGGCUAGCAUACAGUUUUUGUCUUGAUUGACAGUUUUCUGUGUUACUAAACAAAGACAUGACCAUGUGAAUUUGGUUGUACCCCACCCAACGGAGCGAUCUGAUUGGUCCAAGAAAAAGGCUCUCAACUUCAGAGGGAAAGCCGUAGAAUCGUGAUUGACGCUUCGUCGAACAAGUUUGGUCAGCAUCAUUCACAUGUGCUCACGUAUCAUUUGAACUAUAUGUAGUUGGCCGGCAAAGCUCACCGAGAUCUUGAAAUCGUAGCGCGGGAAUCGGAGGAUCAAUGCGUUUCACAUGUUCACAAAUGGCGGAGGGAUCUAGUCAUCUGUAUCGGGAUCCAGAAUCGUGUCCAAAUUGUUUAAAUGGACUUGAAAACCCUAAAGUUCUACCAUGUUUACAUACUUUCUGUAAGCAGUGUUUGACUGAAGCGUUACACCGCGAUUUGGAUGGACGUUUGAAUUUGAAAUGCCCGAAGUGCCAAAGAGACUUUCAUCUUCGAGAUGAUGGCGAGGACCCUUUAGAUGAAUUUCAUGAGCCUUCACCGUAUUUGAGUAGAGAUAUAUUCAAUGUAUUCACUCCACAAGAAGACAUUGUCGAUAGCAGUAGUUUAAUUCGAGCUGUGAUACGCGAUUGUAGCAACUGUGGGGAAGGAACUUGGGUGACCUCAUACUGCAAAGACUGCCUAGAAUAUCUUUGUGAAAAUUGCGUUCGAGCUCAUCUUAGAGUCCGACUCACUAAAGAUCAUAAAAUUGUUUCUCUGAUGGAGGGAGCGAUUCUUCAAGGACAAAUGACGGUGAAAAGUUCCGAAGAGGAGAUCGGUGCUACUACGUCUUCGCGUAAAUCUAUGGCUUCGACACUACAACCGGAACAAGCAUCAUCGAAUGGUUUAUCUCUUUGUGAAAUCCACGAGAAUGAAUUUUUACGGCUUUUCUGUGAUACUUGCUACCAACCGAUUUGUAGAGAAUGUAUGUUUAGCGAUCACAGAGGGCACAACUUUGUGUAUCUACGUGACGUAGCCGAAACUACCCGAGGAGCUGUAGGCAAACUUAUAGAAGACUCAAGAAUCGAGGCUAAAAACCUAGAAGAAGCGAUUAGUAUAUCGAAGAGAACAUUAGAACAAGUUGAAUAUAAAGCUCAGGUUUUGUGCAAAGAAAUCAGAUCAACGACCCGAAGGCAUAAACUGGCUUUGGAGGAACGAGAAAGAGAUCUCCUACGACGAGUUGAAAAGGUGAGGCAAGUUAAAGGGAAGUCCUUACAGAUGCAGAUAGAACAACUUCAAACAUAUUUAUCCAAAGUUCUAAGUGUUACCGAAGGGUCUGAGAUGGCUCUAGAACAAGGGUCCGAUCCAGAUAUGUUGGCUGUUAAAGCACGAUUGACUGAAACAUUGAACGAAUUGCGUUCAAAGCGUGGUUUACUACAACCUCAUGAAGAUGAUUCCAUUGUAUUCACACCUCCCGAUUUGGCUCUACAAACAGCAAUCAGCUCACUGGGAAUCGUAAGUAGCAGUGCGUUUGCUCCUUUAUGUUUUGGCAGUGGUGAGGGUCUACGCCGAGGAGUAUGCGAUAAAGAAGUGACGUUUUUAGUUCAAACUAGAGAUCACCAUAACGAAAAUCGAGGUAUUGGUGGGGACCCAGUACAUGUAGUGGUCGAAGGACCUAAUGGGAAGUUCUACCCAGGGGAAGUCUCCGAUCGUCAAAACGGGGUAUACGUCGUAACUUAUAAACCUCAAAUCGAGGGACAACAUAUAAUUUCAGUGACAAUUCGUGGGCAACACAUUCAGGAUUCUCCUUUCCAUGUAGAGAUAAAGAAAGGUCGGAAUUACACUGGCAUUGGGCCAGUUUUACUCUCGUUUGGAUCUGAGGGUGAGUCUGGUGGACAGUUGUGUAGGCCUUGGGGUGUUUGCUGCGACAAGGAUGGCAACAUUAUUGUAGCUGAUCGUAGUAAUAAUAGGAUUCAAAUCUUUGAUAAAUACGGGAAAUUUGUUCACAAGUUCGGUUCUGCAGGCUCUCGCAACGGUCAAUUCGAUCGGCCGGCAGGGGUGACUUGUGAUCAUGAAAGGGGAACAAUCAUAGUAGCAGAUAAGGACAAUCAUAGGGUGCAGGUCUUCAAAGUGGACGGUACGUUCGAGCUGAAGUUUGGAGAAAAAGGCAGCAAGAAUGGGCAGUUUAGCUACCCCUGGGACGUAGCCGUGAACAGUGAAGGAAACAUCUUAGUUUCUGAUACUCGCAACCAUCGAGUCCAGCUCUUCACACAUGAUGGUAAGUUUAUUAACAAGUAUGGCUUUGAGGGUAUACGCUGGAAGCACUUCGAUUCUCCCCGUGGCGUGGCCUUUACCCAUGAUGGAAGGAUGAUCGUUACAGAUUUCAACAACCAUCGCUUGCUAGUCAUCUCAGGAGACUGUAAGAGUGCACAGUUUCUAGGCUCAGAAGGGAACGGGAUUGCUCAGUUUGUACGACCCCAAGGAGUGUGCGUGGACCAAGAGGGGAAUAUCAUCGUUGCUGAUUCAAGGAACCACAGAAUUCAGAUCUUCCAACCAAAUGGUAACUUCCUCUGUAGUUUUGGCAGCCACGGACAUGCACUGGGACACCUGGAUCGACCAUCAGGUAUCUGUGUUACUCCUGAUGGACUUAUAGUAGCUGUAGAUUUUGGUAACAACCGUAUCCAGGUAUUUUGAUGUUUAUAAAUGUUUAUAGAUGUUUAUGUAGGACUAAUAGAUAUGUCAAAUCCUAGCUUAGCAAAUUAAGUACUUGAACGCAUUUUCCCCACGAAAUAUUCCUGUUUGUUUUUCUGAGGAUAA